AUGUUUCCAUUUAAUAACCAAGGUGAUAUAAAUAGUAAUUCAGAAAGUAAUAGUUCAAAUUUAGAAAGAAAUGACUUUUUUAAUAAUAGUUUAAAUAAUAAUAAUUUUGAAAAUGAAAAUAGUAAUUUAGAAAAUAAUAAUAAUAAUGUUAAAAGUAAUUAUCAAGUUAAAGCGGAAACCACAAAUCCCACUGUAAAACCUACAGGUAUCAUUCCACCAUCCCAGAAAAAACCUACAGUAAAUAAUAACUCAAAUAAUGUCAAGUUAAAAGAACAAGAACUAAAAAUGAUGGAAUUGAUAAACAAUCAAAUGAAAAUAUUGAAGGAAUUAAAUUUUCAACCAAAUCGUACUCCAUUUCCAGAAGAAUCUAAAUUUGAUGGAGCUAAUAGAGCAGAGUUCGAUAAGAAUUGGGAUUUAUUUGAAUUUCUUUUUAGACAUCAUUUUGUUAGACCAACAAGUGCUAACUUACUCUCCAGUUUGCGUGGUAGUGCAAUAGAUAGAUUAAGAUCUAUUGACCCGUUUAAUUCAAAUUCCGUAGAAGAUAAUAUUCUCAGGUUAAGAACAUAUUAUCAAGAUAGUCCAAGUGUCGUUUUGGAUAGAUUCUCUAAGUUUUCUAGAGAAAAUAAAUUUAAAUCAUUAGAUUCCUUGCUACUUGUAUUCUCAAUCGUAAAGAAAAGAAGUAAUUUACCAGAUGAAGCCGCAAUCACUUUUUUAAACCAAGCUUUAGGAUGUAAUUUUAAAGAUUAUUUAGCUUUAAAAUGUAGAAAGGACACCACUUAUCAAGAAUAUCUCGAAGAAAUAAGAAACUUAGAAAUCGCUUUCACUGAAUCCAAAGGAGUUUCCUUAUAUUUAAUUAAAGAACCAUUAAAUGGUAUUUUUGGUACAAAUAGAACCCCUAGUGUCUCUGUAGCAAAUGAAAAUAAUCCAAGUUUUAAUGUUGCCGGUAUUAGUAAUGAUACACAAAAUAUGUCCGUCGUUUGUUAUUCAUGUGGACAGAAAGGACACUUUAGUAGAAAUUGUCAUAACAAAGAUAAGUUUUCCCAAAAUAGAAGUAAUAGAUAUAUUAAUAGUAAUCAUAGGAAUAAUUAUAAUCAAAAUGGAUAUAAUCAAAAUAAUUACAAUAAUUAUCAGUUAAAUAGAAAUAAGAAUAAUAAUCAAAGAUCAAGUUUUAAUAGUUAUAAUAAUAAUAGUAAUAGAAUUAAUGUUCUCAAUUAUCAGUCUUUAAAGCCCAAACCCGAUAAUAAUUGUUAUAGAAUCAACUCUGUAAGAUAUGCCAAUAAUUCAGAAAGCAUAUUCAGUCAAUCAUCAUCACACCCAGACCAUCACUCAUCAACACGUCAAACAUCAAUCAAGUCAAGUAAUAUAAAUUCUCGUAAUUGUAAUAAUUUUAAUAGUAAUAGUUUUAAUAGUAAUAAUAACAACUUUGAUAAUGUCAAUUCCCGUAAUAGUAAUAAGUUCAAUAGAAAUAAUAAUAACUUUAAUAAUAAAAUCAGUAAGAAAUUUAAGCAACAUCCUGCAUUCAUCAAAUCUUUAGAACGAACAGUUAUAAAUGCAGAUAAUCAUUCAACUCAAAAUCCAAACAGUACACGUCAAUUCACAACCAAGUUUAUCAGUCCGCUCAAGAUGGAUCAAUUAUUCUCACUGCUGUGCAACAAGCUCAAUUAA